CGUAUAAAACCCAGCGAGUCGCCCCUCCCGGACAAAGUGAGGUCCAGUCUGGCCCGAGGCGCGCACUCGUCCUGCGCUUCAUGGAUGCUCCAUCAGUUCAGCGUCAUCCUCCCCCGCUCUGAGCAGCUCCGUGUCGGGAUACGGGACAACCGGGACGACUCUUUCCUCUCCGGACGGCUGUGUGACCCCCCCUCAUCGUUCACUCUAGAUUGUUAGGACACCCGCCAUGGCGAACCGAGGGCCCAGUUACGGGCUGAGCCGGGAGGUGCAGGAGAAGAUCGAACAGAAGUACGAUCCGGACCUGGAGCAGCGCCUGGUGGACUGGAUAGUCGCACAGUGCGGAGGAAACCUGGAGAAACCGCAGCCGGGAAGGCAGAACUUCCAGACGUGGCUGAUGGACGGAACGAUUCUCUGUCGACUCAUCAACAGUCUGUAUCCGCGGGGCAAAGAACCCAUCAAAAAGAUCCCUGAUACCCAGAUGGCCUUUAAACAGAUGGAGAAGAUCUCCCAGUUUCUACAAGCAGCAGAAGCUUAUGGAGUCACCACCACAGACAUUUUUCAAACAGUGGACCUCUGGGAAGGUAAAGACAUGGCGGCGGUGCAAAGAACCCUGAUGGCUCUGGGGAGUUUGGCUGUCACGAAGGACGAUGGUCAAUACAAAGGUGACCGAGACUGGUUCCACAGGAAAGCCCAGGGGUACCGGCGGGAGUUCACUGAAGAGCAGCUGCGCCAAGGACAAAGUCUGAUCGGCCUGCAGAUGGGCAGCAACCGCGGCGCUUCCCAGGCUGGCAUGACGGGCUACGGUAUGCAUCGUCAGAUCAUGUAGACCCACGCCCCUACAUUCCUUGAUCUCAGACUUUUUUUUAAUACUAAUUCCACCAAUGCUGUAGCCCUAAAAGGAAACUCUCCCCAAGCUUCGCCGCACCUGCCAUGCUAACCUCAACAUCCCUGAAACUGCUGCUUUUGCCCAACAUCGUUUUCGUUCACCUCUUAACAAAAUGAUGUCAUCUAUACUGUAGAUUUAUGUCUUCAUGGCUCUUCUAUGCUGUUCCCCCUCUUUUUUUUGCCUUCUUACCUCUUUGUUAUGUUUUCCGGUUACACAAUGUGUAUUGUUUUUUUUUUUUUAUUCAUCGAGUCUCAAAAGGAUUUUAAAUAAAUACAAUAAAAGCCAUCUGUACUGUACACUUGUUUACAGAGAUACUCGAAGUGACUGUUAAGGCAUGCUGUAUGUAUUGUUAUUUAUAUAUUUCCUAUAUUUUAGUGGUCUUACUCUAUCCUGCUCCUCUGUGAUUGUUUGGCCUUAGUCCUAGCAAGGCUCAAUGAGUGAAGAUGCUGUGUCUUCUGUAACCAAAUCAACCUCACGUUGUGCCUGGUUAUGGGACUUCAAAAGGCUGGGUCCUUGAUGUGCUGGUAUUAAAUUAUAGACGAGCGUCAUUUGUUCUGAGCCAUGCCCCCGUUUUUGUUAUCUGUUACAUACUUUGUCCAUGCUGUGUCCAAACGUGUGCACGGUGUAACCUAUGAAUGUGCAGUAGCCAACACGUAUGACCAAGAGACGGUUGAACUUGUGCACUGUUUAUGUAUCUCCUGUCUGUAUUUUGGACAUAUGUUUGUAUCUGAAGGAGUGUAAGAAGUAAACAAAUAAAGUAUAUGAAGUAUUUUCUGUCUCUUCUGAGAUGAGGCGGAUGCUGCCCCGUAA